AAUUCAAUUACUAAGAGGCAAAGAUAUAUACAUAAAAGCAAAAGAGAAACAAAGACAAAAUAAUAAAUGGAUACAAUUACAAAGCCAGAAGCUGAUCGUGUCUAUGAAGACUUUGAACCAUAUCAUGAAUGGGAUAAAUAUGAUGGGAGUUUCACUGUUAUGUUACCAGGAUAUAGAAGGGAUCAAAUGAAGGUUCAAGUGACCUCAAAACCUGCUCUAAGGCUGAUGGGCGAACGACCGACCUUUCAGAACAGAUGGCGUCGUUUUAAAUUAGAAUUUCCCAUUCCUUCUGAUUAUGACGCAGACAGUGUGACUGCAUCAUUUGAGGGUGGCAAGUUAUCUGUCAAAUUUGCCAAACUGAUUAAGCCUAAUGAAACAACAACAGCAGCAGCAGCAGCAGCAACAAAUCCACCAGAAGAAACUCCAAGACCAAAUGAACCAUCACAAAAGGGUGAUGAUAAAAUGGGUGCUCAAGAGGGUACCCCAAAAACUAAAGAAGAGAAAGUAGAAACAAAAGAAACAAUAACAAAUCCUCCAGAAGAAGCUCCAAGUCCAAAGGAACCGUCACAAAAAGUUGAUGAGCAAAGAGCUGGUCAGGAGGGUAUCUCGAAAGCUAAAGAAGAGAAAGCAGAAACAAAGACUAAUGUCUCGGAUCAAAAUACACCACCACAGAAGGAGAAGGAAUCAAUAACCAAAACAGAUGCAGAAACCUCUAAAUCUCCUGAAACCAAAGGUGCCAAAUUUAUUUCAAGAUCCAAAACUAGGCUUGUAGAUUUCACACUCUGUAAGGCUCUCUCAAAUCGGGACAAAAAUGAAGCCCUUGGCGAUUCGACCGCAGGGCUUAACGACUGGCAGAAAUUGGUUGCAUGGUUCAUUCUAAUCUUAUUGGUCAUGGGACUUGGGCUUUAUUGUAGAAAGGCAUUUGGAUCAUCUCAGGUAGAAUUGGACACUGAAGACCUGUUAUUAGAUCCUUACUGAUGUACUAAUAUUUGUAAAUGGUGCAUUAUAUUAUAUUCCUUUAUGUUUAAAUGCACAUAUUCAAUAAAAGAAUUCAGACUCUGCCAACUGUAUUUCAGUUCAA